AUGCAACUAAAUACAAGGGCUAGAGGUGGACUUCUAAGUGACAUAAUUGCUAACCCAAAGAAUGAAGCACAAGUCCUAGCAAUUGUAACUAGGAGUGGGAAGGAACCUGAAGAACCCCUUAAAGAAAAGGUAAGUGAAAAUAUGCCAAAGGCCAUUCCAAAGGAGGUGACACCUCAAAGAAGAAAAUCAAAUAAUGACAAAAAGGUAGAUAAAAUCGAUGAGGAAGUAGUAGAAGUUGAAAAGUCACAAAGAAAAGGAAAUCCAACCUUCCAUGUUUCUCCUCCAUUCCCUCAACAGUUGUAUAAAAAGGAAGAGAGUGACAAAUUAAGAAAAUUUAUGGAAAAACUUAGCAAUAAUUCCAUAAGUAUCCCACUACUUGAGGCGAUUCAAGAGAUUCCAGGAUACGCUAAGUUAAUGAAGAAGCUAAUGUCUAAGAAGAAGCUCAUUGAAGGUGAUACCAUCAAAAUUACUCAUGGGUGCAGUGUUAUCAUGGAUGGAAAAGUUGUGAAAAAAAAAGACGACCCCGGAGCCUUCACUAUCCCUUGCACCAUUGGCAAUCAUGAGUUUACAAGAGCUAUUUGUGGCCUUGGUGCAAGAAUCAACCUAAUGUCGUUUGUUAUCUUUAUGAAACUUAUCUUGGACACUCCUACACCAACCUCAAUGCGACUUUUGAUGGCGGACCAGUCCAUAAAAAGGCCAGUGGGUAUAUUAUUUGAUAUCCUCAUAAAGGUGGACAAAUUCAUUCUCCUAGUGGAUUUUGUUAAAUUAAAUUAUGAGAUGGACCAAGAGGUGCCUAUCAUUAUUGGUCAUCCUUUUUUGUCCACCGGGAGAGCCAUUAUAGAUCUAGAGCUUGGGGAAAUAAAAUUUUGGGUACAAGAAGAUGAGGACUCAUUCAAAAUUUACAAGUCAAAGAAGCAAACUGUGGAGCUCUAA